AUGCCGCAUUGUCAUCCCAUCCCCAUCACUUCUAUAGCUCGCUGCCAUGUCGAUAAGAAGCAAUUUCGUCAGGCUGCUGAAGAAGCAAGUCAGUAUCAUAAAGCUUCAGAAGAAAUGCUCUCACUCUGUGGCUGUGAUCGGGGCGCCCUUCUCCAAGGGACAGAAAAGAAGAGGCGUGGAGCAUGGCCCCGCAGCCAUUAGAAGUGCUGGUUUAAUUGAAAGACUGUCCAAUUUAGGAUGCAAUGUAUGCGACUUUGGAGACUUACACUUUUCCCAGGUUCCUAAUGAUGAACUGUACAACAGCAUUGUUAAACAUCCUCGUACUGUAGGACUUGCCUGCAAAGUGCUGGCUGAGGAAGUGAGCAAAGCAGUGGGAGCUGGGCAUACCUGCGUAACCUUGGGUGGAGACCACAGUUUGGCUUUUGGAUCUAUCACUGGCCAUGCCCAGCAGUGCCCGGACCUCUGUGUGAUUUGGGUGGAUGCCCAUGCAGAUAUUAACACCCCUUUGACAACUCCAUCGGGAAACCUGCACGGCCAGCCAGUGUCGUUCCUGCUGAGGGAACUUCAGGAUAAGGUACCACCAAUCCCUGGAUUUUCUUGGGCAAAGCCAUGUCUAUCAAAGUCUGAUAUUGUAUACAUUGGCCUGAGAGACCUGGAUCCGGCUGAACAAUUUAUUCUCAAGAAUUAUGAUAUCUCAUAUUACUCAAUGAGACACAUUGAUUGCAUGGGAAUAAAGAAAGUCAUGGAGAAAACUUUCGAUCAGCUCCUGGGCAGAAGAGAUCGCCCAAUUCACUUGAGUUUCGACAUUGAUGCUUUUGACCCAGCCCUAGCGCCAGCUACAGGAACUCCUGUCAUUGGAGGACUGACUUACAGGGAAGGUGUCUAUAUCACAGAGGAAAUUCAUAACACAGGAAUGUUGUCUGCCGUGGAUCUUGUAGAAGUAAAUCCAGUUCUUGCUGCCACAUCAGAAGAAGUUAAAGCCACCGCAAACCUAGCAGUGGACGUCAUUGCUUCUUGUUUUGGCCAGACGAGAGAGGGAGCUCACACUAGAGCUGACACUAUUAUAGAUGUCCUACCUACACCCAGCACAUCAUAUGAAUCAGACAAUGAAGAGCAAGUGAGAAUUUAGAUAAUUGCCAUUCCUCCUACUGUGCAUUCCAGAACUGCAAUACAACUCCUGAGGAUGGACAUAAUUUGACUGUUGCACUCCAUGGAGAUAACUGUUGUUUUUGUACGUUUUCCUUAAAUUUUAACCAUCCUGACUAUGUAUUAAUUACAUUUGAGGGUUAUAGCAGAGCUAGGCACUUAUACAUUAUUUGGUUUAAUGGUAAGACAUUUAAGCUUGACCAACGUGCUCCUCUAAUUCUAGAUUUACUGAACAUGUUUUGUUUUUUUGCGUUUUUUUUGCAUGUUAUGUUUAGGGUGUUAUUAACCUAAUUUUAUUAAACUUUAAACAAGCAUGACAUAUCUAAAUAUCCAUUAAAAAAAGAGAGAGAGAAUGAACCCCCCCCCACAUAAAUAGUUUUCUUUGAUAUUUCUCUGGGCAGUUCACAUAAAUGAACUCGCUUAAGUCCACUACCUCUCUCCAACCUGUGCUUUAAUUUCAUAAAUAAAAUAACUCAAAUCUCCUUAUGUUUUUUACAUGAACCUGUGUGUUAUAUGCCCCAUAACUGGGCUAAAUGUUGGGCGAAAAUGAUCAGAAUGUGUGAUACCAAACAAACUCCAUAUAUGGGUAAAUAGCUUUCUUUAUGUUUCACUAUUCACAACCAUGUAUCAUUGUCUCUGUGUCAGUGCAUAAGAACCUCAGACAAAAAAAUAUCUUCAGCUAAAAGAACUAUUUCAUAGUGGUUUUUUUCCUGAUCUUUUAAUGACAAAAUGUGCAGCAUAAUGAAGGGUUGUGUUAUAAUUACCCUGCUGGUUUUACCAACUGUAUCAUUUUCCUAAUCUCUGUAAUAACACAAUGGGGCAGAUUUACUAGAGGGUGAAGUAGCCAACGCUAGUGUCAGUUUGGCAGAAAUCCCAUCUGCAGGGACAUUGACAAUUCACAGGCAUAGAGGACAAUUCGCUAGCGAAUGAGAAUGUCGCUAGCGUUAGUUCGCACUCUUUUGCUCUAGCGAACGGUCGUUACUCCAUCGAUUCGUAAAAGUGCCAGUGACAUUGUAUCCUGUAUGCCAGAAAUGCAUUAAAGUUGUCAAAAAUGACUUUUCUUUUUUUAAAGUGGUAUUGCCUUCAAAAGUACAAACUAUGUGUGAACAUUUUUUUAACUAAUUUGAGGGGCAUGCCACAUUUAUAUAAGGGUGGGCUCAUGUCUACGGCAUUUGAGAAGCUCUUCUGUCUUUAUUAUGGCUCAUUGGACAUUUGUUUUAAAAAGUUGUCAUUUCAAACAUUUGCACCAACAGUACAAUAAAAGACACUCAUACAACUUUUAGGUACCUGCCCUAUUCAAAUUAACCCAAUCGCAAGAGCGCCAGCGAAGAUUCGCUAGGCAGAAAUGAACACUAGCAAAAAUUCGAUAUUAAAUGCUCGCACAGCCGAAGUAACGCUAGCAAAAAUUUGCGUGUGAUAUAUUCUACACUGGCGUAUUUAUUUUAACUUAAAUUUAAGGCAACAUGACUAACACUUCUUGAAGGUUUAAGGAAAGCUCUGGGGUAAAGUUGCAUGACUACAUUUAAAUUUCUGCUAUUGAUUUAAACAUCUCAGUUUAUGACUAAUAAAAAGAACAUUUUUUAAUUA